AUGCCCAUGUAUCUUGCAACUGCAGCAUACAUAAAAAUCGGUACCCUUUUAGAAUGGAAAAAGGUCCAAACCGCACACACGACCCGCUCAUCCGAUGCAGGCGACCAGGCCGACAAAGAACCGCAAAGCGUCCACACCCACGCAGACCCUGCUUGCACUCCGAGGACUGUUGAGGAAACCAGACCAAACAGCACCAAGACAAAAAAUACGAAUGUUACUGAACCUGAGCCAGCGGAACUCAACGGCAUACACAAGAACAUGGGAAUUGUCGGUUGCCCCGCAUCGAAGGUUACCAACCAUACUAGGAAACUGAAACCGAAACCUCCGACCGCCGAAUCGCAUCAUCAAGACAAACCCAGACUUCUCAAAGGAACUGUUAAUACAGAAAAAGAAUUAGAAAAUAUACUGUUGUCAACCUUUCGACUCCAGAGCGAUUCGAAAAGUAGCGCGCGAGUUCAAGCUGACGUACCAUGGACGGAACGAUCUCGUAAUGUCGAAAAUCAAGCGACUAAUAAUCGUGCUGAUGAUCGGAGCUUGAUCAUUCUGGGUGUCCCUGAGAUUGACGAUGCCUCCGAUAAAACGGCACGCAUUUCACAUGACGUUCUACAGUGGAAGUUUCUGAGUAUCAAAGAGAAGUCGUCUGAAUCAUCAUCGGAGAAACAGUCUAGAAAUGACACCCCAAAGUCAUCUGUACCAUUCGAGAGACCCGUCACAGAGAAAAACUCAGCCGAAUAUUCUCUGCUUUAUGUCUGUUGCCAGUGGACGUGGACGGGCAGAAAAGAUAUGCCAGCUAAAUUCCCUUUGGAUGAUCAAAUGCUCUGCAAAGAAAGUCCAGCAGCCACCUCCAGCUGUCCAGGAUAUCUAAAGUUGUUCGAUUUAAUCAACAUGAGGUUGGGUAUUGACGCACGUACUUGCCGCAUCAGCCAACGGAAUGAAAUUUCACCAAGCAAAAAUUACAUAGCGAAAGCUAGCUUGAAAAUACCAAACCUAUGCGAAAUUGAAAACGGUGUUGGAAGCUUGAAAAUACCAAACCCAUGCGAAAUUGUAAACGGUGUUGGAGACAAAGCAGCAAACAUCGGACACUAUGUCUGUUGCCAGUGGACGUGGACGGGCAGAAAAGAUAUGCCACUUACAAUGAUGAACGUUACUGCGAUAUAU